AUGAAUUCGUAUUUCGAACAAACUGGUUUCUACGGCCAUCCGCACCAGGCGGCCGGAAUGAUGACCACAACCGGAACCCAUCACGAUCAGACUACGGCAGCUGCAGCGGCCGCAUAUAGAGGCUUUCCACUGUCCCUCGGAAUGUCCCCCUACACCAACCAUCAUCUGCACCAGAGCCGAUCCUCACAAGAAUCACCGUACGAUGCUAGCUUACAGGCCGCAUGCAAGCAAAUUUACGAAGGUUCCUAUAGCACGAAGGACUGCGGGAAGACUGGCAGCGGAAAUGGAACCACAGAUACCACCAACGGCUACAAGGAUGUGUGGAACUCGACAAACACGAGCGCUAACAACAGCAACACCAACACAGCGACUGGCGGAAAUGUACCUGCACAGCAAAACAGCUCAGUUCCUGUACGACCCUCGGCAUGUACGCCAGAUUCCCGUGUCGGAGGAUAUAUCGAUGCUGCUGGCGGCAGUCCUGUCAGCCGAACUGGUUCCACCGCUGCCGGUGUUGCCGGAACGUGGAACACCAACCAAUGCUCACUGACCGGUGCGACCGGUGGCCAAACUGCGCCAACCACCGGUCUUCACCAGUCGAAUCACACGUUCUACCCUUGGAUGGCUAUAGCAGGUAAGAGAUACUCAGAAUCUCUUGCGGGCACACUUCUUCCAGACUGGAUAGGUGCCAACGGACUUCGACGAAGAGGUCGACAAACGUACACCCGAUAUCAGACGCUGGAGUUGGAGAAAGAAUUCCACACCAACCACUACCUGACCCGCCGGCGUCGGAUUGAGAUGGCCCACGCGCUGUGUUUGACCGAGCGGCAGAUCAAAAUCUGGUUCCAAAAUCGUCGGAUGAAGCUGAAGAAGGAAAUUCAAGCAAUCAAAGAGCUGAACGAGCAGGAAAAGCAGGCCCAGGCGCAGAAGGCAGCAGCGGCAGCGGCGGCAGCAGCAGCCCUGCACGAGCAAAACUAG